GAAGGAGCUUGCGUGUGCCAGCGGUAGGGUCUUUAGUCUGAAAGAGCCAGAAGUGACAUGAAAGGUGGCUUGUGGGAAACCACACCUCCAUUAUUGAGAUUCCUUUUGGAUUGUUCCUCUCGGAGGCGUGUGCACGGCACUGAGAAGCGUGUGGGGCUUUGGCGAGCUACGAAGCCAGCCUCUCAUGGCCCCGUAAAUGUCUAUAAAUCCCCUCCGCCUUCCCUCAACGUGUCGUGUGAUCAAAUCUAUCCGAGUUGUUCCUGCUUCGAUACUCGAAUCAUGUCGACCUGCGACACCUGCGAUUGUGCUGACAAGAGCCAGUGUGUGAAGAAGGGAAACGGCUAUGGCAUCGAGAUCAUCGAGACCGGGAAGAGCUACUUCAACAAUGUCGUCGAUGCCCCAGCUGCCGCUGAGAACGAGGGCAAGUGCAAGUGCGGUGAUACCUGUGCUUGUGUGGAUUGCAAAUGUAGCACAUGAGCAACAUCUAUGAGUAUUAUAGCAAAAGAGAAAGAAAGAUGCAUGUAAUAUGGGUGGGUAUGUUGGACUAAAUAAUUUGGAUGUGUUUCUGUGUCAUGGUGUGCUAUUGUUGUAAGGAUGUGCUUCUGUAAUGGUGUGUUAUUGUUGUAAGGCUGGGAGGAAGACACUGUAUCUGGCUUCCUUAUCUAGUUUCCUACUAAUUUCUAUUAGCUGUUAUAAUUAAUGGGUUGCUUUUAGUAAAAUUUGGAUUUGGCCUUAUUUCUGUA